CAAUUGGUUCCUUGUUUCUGACGGAAGGUAAUGUGUAUGGACAGGGACGCUGUGUCAGGUGCCGGUCGUACUUGAGGUCAAGUGAAACAGAUUUCUCUACAAAAUUUAGAGGACCUCUAGUCCCAGAUAAACCUGACUGCAGACCUGACUAACAAUUGACAAAGAUGGUGAAGAAAAAGCGAGUUCGCCUUAUAGCCGAAAUGGCACGCAAGAUCCGGGCCUAUCGUGAGCUCAAAUCCAGACCACGGGAUUCCCAGAAGUAUGACCUGGACUAUGAGACGAUGAAGCGGCCUCUCACCGGGAAGAGGCUGCCCGUCAUGGCGUGGCCGGACGUGCGCAGGGAGAGCAGGCUGUUUUCAUUAUUGGCGAGCAUGAAACUGUUUGGUGUGGGGCGCCUGUUCACUCGUAAGUCCUGGAUAGAAGAUCACACUGAACCGUGCUACUGGCAGGUCACUAAAGUGAAGGUGGACUACACAGCAGAGAACAUGGAUCAUGGCAAGGCGUGGGGGAUUCUUAGCUUCAAAGGACAAAAGGAGACUGAGGUUAAAGAGAUUGACAAGGUGAUGUACCAUGACUGGAGGUUGAUCCCCAAACACCUGGAGCAUGCGUUCACAAACUUCCAGCCCCUCCCUGCUCCGCCCCCGCGCUCCGUCCCAUAUCCUCCCCUGCUCCGUGCCAUGCUCCUGGCCCAACAGAAGAAAAAUGGGGCUGCGUACGUGGAGCCAGCCCUGCAACUGCAAAGAACUGUUACAUUCAACAAAGAAUAUUUUAAAAUGAAAGAACAAGAGCAGCAGAAAAAGAGCGAAGGAACGCCUGUGUGAUUCUGUCACAUUUGGACAUUUUUAGAAAUAAAACAAUUCCUCCUAAAGGCGCACUAUGUGAUUUCAGGUGAAGCGUCUGUCACGUACUUUCAUGGUCAUGUUACUGCUUUGCAUGGAGAGCGUAGAGCAAAUGGAAACAAACAUAUCUGUUGUGCUUUACUUUAUUAACAGCCAAACAUUCCAGGAAAAGUAAUAACCUCUCCAUAAAGACAGAAAAGUUACAUAGUGUUCCUUUUAAAAACUCAUCUGUAUAGGCACUUGCGUUUGAACAACUUUAAGUGUUAUUAAACAGAAUAAAUAGUCUAUACAUUUAAAGAAUACUGCCAAAAAUAAUGGGUUUCAUAAAACAAAUGAGUUGUUUAACUGAACAAGAGUGUGUUUGUGCAUUUUGUAUAGAAUUUGAAAUGUGUUACCCUUGUUUUUUUUUUUGUUUUUUUUUGCAAACCACUGAAAUUAAAGGGAGAAAUAAAUGCUCUUAUUUUCUGUACAGACCAACAA